UAAACAAUAUGGCGGCCACGAUUGAAAUCGCAGGGGAGACUUUAUCAGAUGCCCGUGUUUUGGGCAUUUGUGAUGCCUUGCUGGGGUCCAAGCUGCGAAUGCUUUCCUUGAGAAACUGUGUGGUCAACGACAAGGCGUUCAAAAAGAUUAUGGCUUGUGUGGCGAAUAGUAAAACUAUUCUACAGCUGGCUCUCAGUGUUGGCGUUGUCAAAGAUCUUCCCCGGGUCAAAAUUCUCGCGUUGGCUUUGCAGAAGAACAGGUCACUUGUGUCACUCUUGGUGAAUGGAAACCCAUUUGGAGACGAAGGAAUGGAGAUUCUCGGAACAUCUCUUGCUCAGCACCCAAACAUUGUAUCCCUUGACGUUGGAGACUGUAACCUAGGCGACGAGUCCCUGGAGUACAUCAGUGACCUUUUACCUCCAAAUGGUGGCAAACCAGGACUGACGGAUCUGACCCUGAGUGCCAACACGAGCAUAAGCCCUGAAGCUUGGGCCAAGUUCGCGGUGGCUCUGGCCGUGAGCAGUCAGUUGCGCGAGUUGUAUGUGGACUACAACAGACUCGGGGAUUACGCAGCCAGCUGUCUACUGGUGGGGCUCACUUCAAAUAGACAGAUCGAGAUCCUCGACCUAGAAGGCACAGGGAUCACCGACCAUACCGCAAAGCUUUUGUCCUAUUUGGUGGAGAACUUUCCAGUCAAGUUGCGACGGGUUGUCCUGGCAGAAAACAAAAUAGAUGAGGUGAUGAUAAGGGAGAUCAAACAGAGUCUGGAUGAUGACAGUAACAGUGAUGUCCAGAGCCUGGCUAGCACUGACCUGUAUACUACUGGUCAGUCAGCUAACGACAGCCUCAACCCCCUCCCUAAACCUGUAGAGGUCAAACUUCACCAUGUGGAGCCUGUGGGGACAAAUAAACCCCUCAAAAAAGGGAAAAAGAACAGGAAAAACACUACCAUCAGUUCACUUGGGGAGACUGAUGAUAGGGACAAAAACAGUGAUAUCAAAGAUGACACAGUAGCCACGGACGAGGACUACAAAGUAUUGGCAAAGGCUCUAGAGGCCGGGCUAAGUACUGGUGGCACCAGUGACCUAGGUCUGACAGGUCACAGUCAGACCUUUGAUGAGGAGGACGAGUCUUCAGAGGAGGGAGAUAUUCUCACGGAGGUGCCAGCCACAGAAAUACACAGGAAAGUUUUAAAAGUCACCAACGUGUCACAGAAAUCUCACACUACCGACUGGAACAGUCUUGGGGAACUCAUAGACGAUGAUGAUGAUGAAGGAGAGUUACUCAAAUAGGUCAGACUACUCUGGGUAGGAGGAGUAAAGUCAUCGUAUAAAAUUAGUAUCUUAUUGUUAUAUUUGUAACUGCCAAGCAAUAAGAAGGGAAAAUACUGCCUUACUGACGAGUUAGCUUUUCCAGCGAUGCAAUAUAACCUGGGUACCCCCUCACUGGUUCAGCAAACUUGAGUAUGAUCAGUGGCUGAAUGGGGGUCCACAAGCAUGUUAGAUUAUGUCUGGACUGGUCCAUACAAACUAAUUAAGGUUUAGUGUGGUCACUGGCUGGAUGGGUGUCCACUGGCAUGUUACAUUAUGUCUGGACUGGUCCAUACAAACUAAGUUAGGUUUAGUGAGUUCAGUGGCUGGAUGGUAGUCCACAGGCAUGUUCCAUUAUGUCUGCGAUGGUCCCUACAAACUAA